AUGGAGAGGUGCGACGGCGGUGAAGUGCAGCCCCAUAUCCGUGCCGACACGGACCCCACCGCAGGUGUCGACUCUAUCGGACUCGUGUCCUCCACUUUUGCCUCACGAAGCGCGGCAACAGCCCCCUCGCGCACGUCACCGCAGGAGAGCGAGGCACCUCCGGCGGCUGCGGUGCGACGAGGUCGAUCUGCCCCACUUCAAGCACUCGCCGCCGCUGCUGCCACUGCUGCGUGGGGGCCUGUUGCCGUGCCUCAAAGUGUGGCCGUGAGCACAGAGGUGGGUGGUACACUGUGGCAAGAGGCAUUUGCGGCGCACGCGGAGAAGCUGCUGCGCGAGACGCAGCAGCAGGUGGAUGAGCUGCGCCGAUACCAGCAGAAGGCCGUACGAGAGGCCCAGCGGGCUGACGCAGUAGCCGCCGAGAACCGCGCACUGGAAGUACAGCUCGCUGAAGCGGACGCAAAGCGUGCCACAGAGCGUACAGCACACGAAAGUGCUGUCAACGCGCUCUCUCAGCAGGUGCUGCAACUGGAGGAGGCGGUUGGGGUGCUGCGGCGCACAAAGCUGGAGCUGGAACGGCAGAUCAAGGGGGCUCAGACAGCGACAGCACAGCAGGAGGCGGUGCACCAGCGUGAGCUGCGAGAGGUGCAAAGCGCAUUCAAAGGUGAAGUUGAGCGAAUGUGCGCCGAGCUUGAGCGUAAACACGAAGCCGUCGCAGCUGUCCCUCGCAUGGAUGCCGCCACCAGUACGGACGUGGUGCAGCUUCCCGCCGCUCAAGCGGUAUCGCAAGAGGACGAUGCCUCGCCAUACACGCGUGUGCAUCGUGACGUGCUGGCACAGCAGCAGCUGCGGGAGCGGACCAUGCUGUCUGAGCUGUCCAUUGCCGAUGCCCGCAUUCAGCAAGAGUCGAAGCAGCGACGACUGGCCGAGGAGCGCGUGGUCGAGCUGCUGGAGCAGAGCGGCCAGCUGCGGGAGGCACUGGCGAAUGCAGAGGCGGCCGGCGACAGAGACAACGCCAGUGACCAGAUGGGUCGGCGUAACGCCGUGGCGCACGACACCGAGCAUGAUCCGCGAACGCAGCAGAAACUGCUGCAGGAAAUUCAACACGAGUACACGGCACUUUGUCGAGAGAGCUCUCUCCUCUUUGAGCGGCAGAGAGAGCAGCAACGUCGUGAGACGGAGCGGUGGGCUGCCGUACGCUCCGCCGUUGGUGCUGUCCUCCAUGUGGCGGGUUUACACGACGCUCAGACUACUCUCGAGGAUGCUGCUGCUCCUACUGCUGCUCCUGCUGCUAAUACGUCGAAUCUCAGCCGCCUUGGCGAAGCCCUCGCAGACUCCGGCGAGGCGUCGCUCAAUGCCACCCUGGCCGCUCUCGACACUCUCGCUUCCACCCUGCGCUCGCAGCAGGAGGCGUUGCGCGUGGCGGAGGCGCAGAAGAAGGCGCACAUUGCGUCCCUUGAGGCCACCGAGGCCCAGUUGCACGAGUCGCAACGCGAGCUUUCGGCAUGGCAGCGACGCCACAACGAUCUAGCGGCUCGCCAGGACGUCCACGAUGCGACGUGGCAAGCGGCAGAGGUGCAGCUGCAGCAGAUCGUUGGUGCUUUGCGGCGUGCGCUGCGAGAGUACGCUCAGCCCCUGCCUGCAUCGUUGACACGGUUGAGCUCUGGGGGUGAUGAUGCCGACAGCGCAGGCCGCCGAGGCUCGAGGAGGAGGGGCGCUCGCGCGAUGAAGCGGCGGUCGCAGAGCUCACCCGCCUCUACCGCGUCGCUCGACGGUCUCGAGGACAGUGAAGGCCACGCUGCCAUGCUGCCAACAACGGCCGACGCGGCGCUUACGUGGGCUUCCGAUGGCGACACGAUCGCAGACGCGGAUUGGGGUGACCUGCUUCAAGACGCAUGCGUGCUGCCCAAGGUGGCCUGCGAGGAGGACAAGAUAGAUCACCCUGAAACCGUUGCUGACGGUGAAGGCGAAUCGCUCUCGCGGCGGCACUCCACACGGACCGCGAGCCUGCCCCUGUCAUCGGCGGCCACACUCGUCGUCCUGGACUCCACGGACGGUGGUAGUGAUGCGGCACACAGUGCCGUGCGCCGUGAUAUGGCGGUGGUGGAGUGGGCCCUGUUGAAGCUGCUCACGGCGUGGCGCAAUCGCCAACACACUCUUGUAGAGACGCGCAGGGCGUUGCAACGGCAACUCGCACAUGUGACGGCGAAGAACACUGCCCUGGCAGAGGAGAGGCGAGAGUCGACGACGCGCUAUCAACAGCAGCUGCGCCUCUCUCGGGCCGCGGAGCAGCGCCGUGCGCACCAGCUCGAGCAGGCGCAGAACGAACUGGAGAACGCAAAACGACAGCACAUGCUCGUCAGCGCGCAAGCACAGCAGAAGGAGAUAGAGUGGGAAGGCGAGCGCGACGCCCUCCGUCGCCGUCUACGCGUCGCCGAGGAGCAGCUGAACCUCGCCGAGCAGGCGCUCGUAGAGGCAGAUGUGGAUCACAACGCACAGCACGCUUCGCGGGAAACGCUGCAGCAUGUAUUGAGUGACGUCACGGCGGCACGCGAUCGCCUGGAGCGCCGUCAGGCUGACCUUUGCGUACACAUCGAAGACCUCGAAGCGCGAUUGUCAAUCACAGAGCGGACGCAAACGGGCCUGCACGCGCUGAUCACAGCAUCCGUGGCGUUCAUUGUGCGACUCUUGGCGGACCACCAACAGCUCCAGGAACACUAUCGAGUUCUGCGCACGCUCGCGUGGACGGAUGCGCAGACGGCGAGGAUGGUCGAGCGCGUACUGGAGAAUUGCUGUCCGGGAAGAAGUGAGCAAGCGACGGCACUGGCCAGUGAGAGUGGGCUCCUCUGGUCAACGGGAGCUGCAAGUGGAGUAUCCGCUUCUCCUGUGGGGGCCGCGCCGCACUCAGCGACUUCUGCUACGCUCCUCCGUAUAGUUGGCCAUGCUGUGCGAGCGGUCAUGCGGCUUACGCGUCUCCUGGCAGCGCGGCAGCGUCUGAGGAGUAACCCCGGUACGCACCGCAGUGAUGGUGCCUUCCCCUCGCCCUCGGCCGCAGCGGUGGAGCCGGCGUCACUGCAGCCGCUCUUAGUGGCUCUCUCCUCCGCCUCUGCGUGGGGCGCUGCGGCUCCGGCGCUCAACAGCGCGGCGGCCUCACCUCACGAUAACCUGCUACGGCGCUACACGGCACGCCCGGACUCCUGCGUGCUCCCGGUUGUCCGUCUCCCAACACCGCUGGAACUUGCAACCGUCGCGCACAAUGAGGCGGCAGAGGUGGGAGCUGGAGGACAUGCUGGAGGACCCAAGGUCCGCUUCAGCCUCCGCAGUGGCGCGUGCGAGGAUGAGGAGACGGGCAUCGGCGCUGACCACCACCAGCAACGGCAGCUCGUGCAGCUGCUUGCCGUCGCACAGAUUGACAUGCAGGCUCCCACGACGCGGCACCUGUGUGCUGAGGUGUUGGCAGCCAGCUCAGCGAGUGCGCGCGCUACGGUGGAGCUCCUGCAGCUCGCCCAAGUGCGCCAAGCCUUGAGUGCGACGCUAUUGAGGCCCCGAGGUCGGAAUGGGCUGUCGAUCGCGCCACCACAGCCGGUGCCUCCGGUGCCGGACCUUCGCCCCCUCCUUCCAGACCGACUCGCCGCGCUCCUUCAGUCACACCUGGAGCGGGCCGCCACGCAGACCUGUCAAGUGGCGGAGUCGCACAUGCUGGUGCAGCGGCUGAUGCAACACAACGAAGCCCUGGUGUCCGCGCUGAAGCUGCGGACGAACGAGCACGCCGCCGUCUCCGCGGAGGUGCAGUCGCUGACAUCGCAGCUGCAGUUGCAGCAGGCGGAGCGAGAGGAGCGCACCGCCGUGCAAGAGAGGCUGGUCGAGGCGCGUGCAUCACUCCUGCGGGAGCGCAAGCUGCGCCGCGCGGCGGAGGCUCGUCUGGCGGAGUUGCAACAGGCGCGACUCCAGUGGCUCAGCGAUCGAGAGCAGUACAAGCGUGAGGUGUACUCGCUGAACAUGGAGUUGGCCAACAACUCUGUGGGAAGUGGGCCGCCUGCUGGCGAGGGGGUGCGCCCUCUUCCUCUUCCCACCCAUGGUGGUGGUGCUGGGCCGGCAUUGUCCACGUCUGCGCUGUCGAUACAAGUGGAGAACACAACUGUGUCGGACACCGCGUGCCGCCCUGUGGCACCGCUGUCACACCUGGAUGCACUCACCGACAGUGUCGUGGACAGGAGUGCACUGUGCGAGCAGGAUCGUGCGCGCGGCAGCCAACCCCAGGCCUGGCGCGCCGCAGCUUCCGCGGCAGAGGUGGACUACCAGCGCAACUCCGAGAACGUCUACUACUACGAGCUGCUCCGAAACGGUCAUGAGGGCGACAGCCACGCUCGCGCCGGGCAUCGUCAUCAAGGCAAUAUUGGCGCACGCAUGGAUGCUCCAAAGUUGUGUAGCGCGCGUGAUGAGACACCACCGUUUCGGGCGCUGCAUUACCGCCCCCUUACCAACUUGCCCACACCGCAGGAUCGCGCCGAGAGCGGAUCGCCGGACAGGACCUGCUCUGCUGCUGCUGCUGCUGCCGGUGGUGGUGGUGGCGGUGGUGGGGGCGUUCGGUCAACCGGCGAUAGCGAUGCUGCCCUGUGGAACGAGCAGCAACAGUCCCACGGUCGACCAUGCGCAACAGGCCUUCCGCUGACAGCGGCCAGUAUGGCCACAAUGACGACGACAACGCCUGCUGAACGGCCGCCUGCACCGCACCCGCUGCUAACUUCGGCGAAUGCGCUGGAGUUGUACGUGCCAAGCGUGGCUCGUCAGCGUGAGAAGCCCCGCAGCCACAACGCCGAGAACUCUGAGGAGCGACAGAUGGGCACCACCGCCAAGACGAGCCAAGCGAAGCGAAAGACUAUCAACGACGAAGGGUUCGGCAUCGUGAACCACGCUGCCGCGACGGCAUCGCCACCUUCAUCUUUUCUCGCUGAUGCGUCAGCACGAGGGUCGGAUGUUCGCGCCGCAACGCCGCCACCUCUCUCACCGCCGCCGCCGCCGAGAUCCACAACGGGCACGGAGACGCUGAGGGAGGGAUGCCGAGGAUUGACGCAUCAGCAGCUACGGAGGUCUACGGCGUAUUCGGUGGAGCCACCGUCCGCCGUCAUCGCCACCUACGGAUCUACUGCCUCCACGCCCGCUUCCUUUUCAGUGCCGCGACCGCCGUCACCGCACUCUCCAUCGCACGGCGUGAGCGCCUCUGCGUCGGUCGACAUGCGCACGGAGGCGCCUACCUUAUCUAGGGAGGAGCUCGCCUCCACUGCUCGACCUUCAGCAACUGCGGGUGUGACCCAACACGUCAGCGGUCCGCUCUACUUCAGUGCCCGGUGA